CCAGAGAUUCCGUCAGUUGAAGGAAAGUCGUCGAUUUGUUCGUUUGUGAUUUUGGUUGCUUGGCUCGUUCGCUGAAUUGUUUUCUGCCGUCGUCACUCGGUCGGUUCUCGUGACUUGUGUGCCGCGUUCAGAAGAAGUUUCCCCAAGUGUCGCCGUCGCCGCGAAGAACACAACGGAAAACCUCACUUUCACCUCAAGGUGCUGUUGUCCAGUUGCAGGAGUAGCUGCGAGUUGUGCAUUUUCUGCUGUGGGCGGUCGAGUCCCGGUCGUUGUUGUUUUGCCGAGGAGAACGGGUUCGAGAAGUGCCUUAGAAGCUCGCGAGACGUGAGAUCAGUUCGUUCGGCUCCAGUUUGAGACUCCAGUGAGAAUGUCUGAGGAUAACCAACAAGAAAAUGGCACGGCCAAUGGCGAUGUUCCAGAAAUCGAGCUGAUCAUCAAGGCUUCUACAAUAGAUGGACGGAGAAAGGGAGCAUGCCUAUUCUGUCAGGAAUAUUUUAUGGACUUAUACCUGUUGGCCGAAUUGAAAACCAUUAGCUUAAAGGUAACAACAGUUGACAUGCAAAAGCCUCCACCAGAUUUCCGUACCAAUUUUGAGGCCACACAUCCGCCAAUCUUGAUUGACAACGGCCUUGCUAUCCUGGAAAAUGAUAAAAUUGAAAGGCACAUUAUGAAAAAUAUCCCAGGCGGAUACAAUCUUUUCGUUCAGGACAAGGAAGUUGCCACUUUAAUUGAGAAUUUAUACUCAAAAUUGAAGUUAAUGCUAGUAAAGAAGGAUGAGAGCAAAAACAAUGCCCUAUUAUCGCAUUUGAGGAAGAUCAACGAUCAUUUAGCAUCACGAGGGACUCGUUUCCUAACAGGCGACACAAUUUGCUGUUUUGAUUGUGAAUUAAUGCCACGAUUGCAACACAUUCGAGUGGCUGGAAAAUAUUUUGUUGACUUUGAAAUUCCUACUCACCUGACAGCCUUGUGGCGAUACAUGUACCAUAUGUAUCAGCUAGAUGCCUUCACACAGUCAUGUCCAGCCGACCAGGACAUUAUCAAUCACUAUAAACUGCAGCAGAAUGCACUCCAACUAUCAAAACAGACUAAAGGCGACACAAAGAUGCUCAAAAUGAAGAAACACGAGGAAUUGGAAACGCCGACAUUCACCACCUCGAUUCCGAUCGACAUAACGGAGUAAUUCGCCUGAGACGAGCAACUUUAACAUAGCAACACCUUCGUGAAACUUCCAUUACGAUUUUUUUUUUUCACAUUUCCCGUUUACGUUUCCCUUUAAUUAUAAUUUUUUGUUUUUGUUUCUUUUUCCGUUUACAAUUAAUAAUCAUAGAAGGCAAAGUAAUAUAUAAUUAUAAUUUUUGUAAGAUGUUAUUACAAAACAAGAAGAACACAACAACAAAAACAAUUACAAGUAUAUUUUUAACGCGUCGCUAAUUACCUUGGACGCGCAUUAGUCUAAGCUUAACGUGAGAAAAAAAUGAGAAAAAGUACAUAACAGCUAAUUUGAUAAGCAUUACUUUACUUACAUUAAUUGAAUUCGUUUCCGAGGAGCAAUUCAAAGAACAGAAAGGCAAUCAAAAUUAUUUCGUAGCUUCCGUAAAUUUGACUUUGAGGAGAAAUACUUAAACAAAAAAAAAUGUCUUUAAAUAUUAUUCAAGGAGAAUCGACAAUUUUCUGCGGUGUUGACGCUGCUUAUGCCUAGCACAUUUGGAAAACCAUUGAAGUGAGGAGAUUCCUAGUUUCGAAACGCUUUCAUAUUGGCCAACUUUUAAAAGUAUUUAUUAAUACUGAAAAUAGUAAUUCAACUUGAGCAAUGUAUAUACUUUUAUACAAUAUUUGAUACAUAAAAGCAAAAAAUUAGCUACUAGUUA